AUGGCGUUGAGCACCCUCAACAAUCCUGUGCUGGACGAUGAGGACGAAUGCAACUUCUGGUCGAUGUUCGCCGCUCAUCAAGCCGUGCUUCAACGGCGACGUAUGCUGGAGCAAAGUGUACUCGCCGAGAUCGACGAACUGCUCUCAGAGCAGAAACGCGCUGAGAGACGGCGCAACCGGCUUGUGCUAGCGGCUGCGCGACUCUGCUCCCGCGAGCGGCAUGUGUGGGCGUAUGCCAGUGCCAGGUCUUGGUACGAGACAACGCUCCCAUACUUUCCUGAGAGCACGUUUAGGGAGAACUUCCGUCUAGACCGCAGCACCUUCCGGUACGUAGUAAGCGUAUGCGAGUGUAUGAGACGAAACAACACCAACAUGCGUCAAGCUAUCCCUCUGGAGAAGCCUGUGGCUAUUGCCUUGUAUCGCCUGGCGACCUCGGCAGAAGACAGAACCGUCGCAAAUCUUUUCGGCGUCAGCCGGUCAUCCGUCAACAUAAUUUUCAGAGAAUUUUGUGGAGUUCUGGUGCAGCGCAUUGAACCACGGUUUGUCAAGUUCCCUCGACCCAAUGACAUGGCUGAACACCUGCGCCAAUUUGCAGCAGUUCCAGGCUUCCCUCAAGGGGUGGGCGCCUUGGACGGCUGCCACCUCGAGGUGUGCCCUCCGAAGGAUCAUGCCUCAGACUAUUAUAAGGGGUGGUAUUCCACCAUUCUUUUGGCUGUAGCCGACCACGCAUACAGGUUCCUGUACACAAACGUUGGAUAA